AAUCCAAUGAUGCAAUGCAACGCCAAGGAGAUCCGACAAGGACGCAGAGCACCGGGAGAUAGGCUGCAAAAAACCGCGGCACCAAGUUCCCUCGUUAUCCCUCUCGCCCAGGGAGGAAAAAUCCAAGCGAAAUCGCCCACGGGUCCCGUCCCCUCUUCUGUCUCACACUACACGCACCUGUAGUCUGUAGUAGCCUGCCUGGGAGUCUGGCGCUGCCUUCGCCUUUGCGGUGUGGAAGAAGAAGACUUGUCAUUUCUCAUGAUCUCGUCCUCAUCUCAGCAGCAGCACAGGGAUUUUGCCUUGCUUUUUCAUCGACUGCAAUAAACAGUAGCACAAGACUAUCUACAAGGUUUCUCGUUUCCGUUCCCCGUCGGCUGUGGCUGUAUCUUCUGGAGCUAGAAGAAGAAGAGCUACAGUGCCGCAGGGUAGCUUUGCGCCGGCUUUGCGGAGCAGAGCUUGGCUUGGCGUUUCGUUUCGCCCCCUUUCUGUUCCAGGUUUGCUUUUGCGGGCUCUUUCUUGGGUGGCUUCGCUAGCUUUUUUUGGGGGCCCCUUUUACUUGCUUCCAUGGCAAAGUUUGCUGUUUUUGGUUAGGCUCGCUGCUGUUCUUGUUGCUUCUAGUUCCCCCCCCAGCAAUUUGUGAGACUAGGAACUAGUGCUGUUCGUCUCCCUUGCAGCUAGUGGAUUUUUCUUUUCUUUUCUCCGGGGCCAAAGAAUCGUGGGAUGGACAGCAAUGCGAGAUCGGCGGCGAGUCAGAAGAAGCCCAUCGUCAUGGACACCACCGACCUCGUCGAGCUGCUCUGGCACAACGGGGGCGUCGUCGCGCACUCCCAGAGACCGGCGGCGCCGAACCCCUCCGCCGCCGCCGCCGCCGACCACGGGGGCCAGAGCACCAGCGGGCUCACCGGGGAGGAGACCGCCGCAUGGUUCCCGGACGCCGCCCUCGAGGACGACGACAUGUAUGCGCAGCUCUGGCACAGCGUCACGACUGCCCCGGACGGCGGCGGGCUCCCGGCGGGGCCUAGCUCUCGCCCCCCGCCGGGGGACUUGGCGCACCAGACGGCGGCGGCGGCGAGGCCGCCGAUGAGCUCGAGCUGGACCGGCGACCUCUGCUCGACCUUCUGCGGCAGCAACCAGGGCCCCGUGGUGCCGGCGGGGGGCGGGGAGGGGAGCGCGGCAUUGCCGUCCGAGGGGACGCGCGGGACGAGCACGCGCGAUGGCGCCGGCACUUUUACCGGCACCUCCUCCUCCGGUGGAUCCGGGAGCAACUUCGGGGCCUCCGGCUUGCCGAGCGAGAGCACCCAUGGUGGUCACAAGAGGAAGGGGAGGGGCAGAGACGACUCGGAUAGCCGCAGUGAGGAUGCCGAGUUUGAGGCGACUGAGGAGACCAAGUCGUCGAGGCGGCAUGGGUCCAAGCGGAGGAGUAGGGCAGCUGAAGUUCAUAACCAGUCAGAGAGGAGAAGGAGGGACCGGAUCAACGAAAAGAUGCGCUCACUACAAGAACUCAUACCCCAUUGCAACAAGGCCGAUAAAGCAUCGAUAUUAGAUGAGGCAAUUGAGUACUUGAAGUCCCUCCAAAUGCAACUUCAGAUUAUGUGGAUGACUACCGGAAUGGCACCAAUGAUGUUUCCUGGUGCUCACCAAUUCAUGCCACCAAUGGCUAUGGGCAUGAAUUCUGCAUGCAUGCCUGCGGCACAGGGUCUAAAUCAGAUGUCAAGAGUGCCAUUCAUCAACCAUUCCUUGCCAAAUCACAUCCCUAUGAAUUCAUCUCCAGCAAUGAACCCUAUGUAUGUUGCAAACCAGAUGCAAAACAUUCAUCUGAGGGAGGCAAGUAAUCACUUCCAAGUGGCGCCUCAGGUAACAGGGCCAUAUGCUUAUGCGUCACAAGUAGCACAACAAAACCAGAUCCCGGAAGUACCAGAUAGUACUGUUGUGCCAACUUCUGGGGCCGGACAACCACCUACCUCUGAUGGAAUUUAGAAUGACCAUAAUCUUGUGAGACGUUGUACUAAUCUUCACAUGUUUCCGUUUUCUUGAGGAAAUUGAUGAUAUGGCCAGAUAACUUGAGCUGCAUAUCAGCAUAUCUGUACUGAAUUAUCAGCAUUCAGCAAUUUUGCAAUCAUUCUUUGACAGAUUAAGCUUUUGGGAAACUUACCAAUUUAGGUCUAUAAUUUCUUACUUUGCAUAUGAAACCAGAGCUGCAUAACAUUUCAAAUUUUGUCGAAGGAUGACUCUGGAUUUUGUACUGAUGAGGCCGUCCUCUUUCAGCUCAACCUUUUUCAUGAAAGCUGACCAGUUGUUUUCAUCUGAUCUGUCAUCUGAUGGACUAGUUGUUGAUGCCAGUUCUUCCUGCUUUGACAUAUUUUUAGCACUGUCGAUGAAUUUUAACGGUUGAACGUCCAUUUCGUCAUUAGUGAAGAUGUGGAUAACUUCAGAAUUCAGAACCAAUUGGUUUAACCAUCCCUUUCUCGAUAUUUACAGGGUAUGGACUACAACGUUGACCUGCACAAGGGCCGUCUUUCAGGAACUUGCUGAAAAUACCUAACAUGAAGCUGAUAGCAUCCAUAUUGCUGCUAUAUGUCUCGAUCAAUAUGCGUCUGAUAUAAAUGCUAGAAGUAUUUGUAAAUGCAGAUAGAAUUUCUCUCUCCCAGAGAUAUUAAGUUGCUAACUCCAGUUCCCUCUGUAUGUACUAACUAAUCAUAACAUUAUUCAGUUGGCAGUCAUUUUAACAAAAAGUACUAUGGCAACCUUUACCCUCCCUUUUGUUUUGUUAUCGUCUGUGAAAUGUCUGGUUUAUUCAAGAGAAGGAAAAUAGGGGUUUAAACGCCUGUUGUCAAAUGACCAACAUCCAACCAACCAGAUCCAACAGGAAGGAACAAAAGAAGUCAAAACAACAUUUCCUGCUGAAGCUGAUUGGACAACAAACAGCAGUGUUCUUCAAACCCAAAGUACAGACAUAUGAAGAUUGCCAUUUUUGAUUUGGCCUACAGGGGAAGAACUUGUCAGGCCAUCACGCUGUCUGUUUCAUCGUGUCAGUGUGCUGCGCAUCGACAAAGUUUUUGGCAUCGUUCCUCUUGUGGCUCGCAGCAGCCGGAGCUGAAGCCUGGAAAUUAUGUGUGGAGCCCUGCGCUUGCAAAUGCCAGCCUCUCUCUCUCUCUCAGUUUCAGGAUUAUACGCUGUAUGUCGCUCGCCUUCGUCAAAGCUUAGCCGGAGGAACACUGCCAGGGCGCUGCUGUUUCUCAACAGCGAUGUCCAUGUUCUAGUUGUACCCUGUUGUAUAUGCCCUGCAUUGCCGGAACAUCUACAGUAGAAGUGAUGUGCAUAUCUCGUUCUUCCCUAAGGGCUAAUUGAGAGCGAUUGAUGCUCAUGUCUGCAUCCUGUUUUUACUAGCGGUCGGCUUCGGAUAGAGUCUAUGAGCACUGGAAUCCGGGACCAUAUCCUGUUUGGUGUUGAAAAGGCUAGGGAUCCUUUUAAUUUUUCUUUUGUUGUAGUGGAAUAUAUAUCUGCUCAUGCCCGAAAGAAAAGCUGACAACCUGCAACGAAAAUAAUUGAGCAGUUUGAUGUAA